CCCUCAGCCGCUUAAGCGGCUGAGGGGGAAAAGGAAAGGGCCUGAGGCCGUGAGGAAUGCUGGGAGUUGGAGUCCAAAACACCUCACAGGAAGGCCCAAGCCAAGCUUCCUCAUAGGCCUCGACAUCACAAACAUCGAACCCGACAGGCGAUUUGAAGAAAUUACAGCAUUUCCCAGCAUCCCCGGAUCCAUGGCUCUCACAACAAGGUGCUGCUCCUCUCCCUCCUGCUGAUGGUCCCUGCCUUCCGCUCGGCCUCCCUGCGCUUCCUCUCUGCCGCCGCCUCCUCCUUCUCCGUCUCCAUGGCCGCCGCCUCCGGAUCGGGACCCCCGCCGUCCUCCUCCUCCCCCCCUUAUGCCCCCGGGACCCUCUCUGCCGCCUUCGUCACCUGCCCCAACCAGAGCGUCGCCAAGGACAUCGCCAGGGCGGUGGUGGAGAAGCACCUGGCCGCCUGCGUCAACAUCGUCCCCCAGAUCACCUCCAUCUACGAGUGGAAAGGGAAGAUCGAGGAGGACUCCGAAGUGCUGCUGAUGAUCAAGACCCGCAGCUCCCGCGUCUCUGCCUUGGCCGAGUUCGUCCGGUCGGUCCACCCGUACGAAGUGGCGGAAGUCAUUGCGGUCCCGAUCCAGCAGGGAAACCCUCCCUAUUUGAAGUGGGUCGAAGAGACGGUGCCGGAGGAGGGGCCGAAGUGAAGCUGGCCUUCUGUGCCUUCUCCCCCCCCAAAAAAAAUACCCCCACGUGACCCCCGAGGACAGUCCUGCCACUGGAAUAAAUACAAUUAAAAGAGCAGAAGGUG